AUGAGUUACCAUAUGCUCGACCUUGUGCAUCUCCUAGGGCAUGAAGUUUUUACCCACCCUUAUGGAAAUGUAGGACAUCAAUUGCUACUAAUAAGUUGCAACUCGUACAAUGACAUUUUCUCAUUCCUCUUCGAGCAAGUCAAGUGGAUCUGCGAUAAGCCCAUAGUACUCUGGGAAACUUGUCUACCCAUUUUCCCUCGGCACCUUCCAAUCUCUUCUUCAGGUGUCGGUAGCAUGGGACCUACUAAGUCAAUGGCCCAUUACAUGAAUGGUCAUGGGAACUGGCUUAUAUCGUUGGCAUUGAUCACAUCUUAUGACAUACUCCAUGGAAUCGUGGCGCAUGGUAGGCUAGAAGUAGCCUAUGCUUAG